AUGAGCGACAGUUGGCGACAGACAAUGAUGAAUAUUACCGAUCGUAUAUUUCCAUCGCUUCCUCCGGAGGAGAAAGUCGGACCGGCCAUUGGUAUGUGAUAAGUUUAUUUUUGAAAAAUAUAAAAAAAAAAAAGUUUUAUUGUACGAUAUUCACCUAAAUUAUAAACGGAACAGAAGAAUUUCAAACUCAAAAGUUUAUAUAUUUGGUUCAAGGCUUUAAAUGUUCCAAAAAAAAAAAAUAAAAUAAAUUGUCACAUUAAAAUUGACCUACUUCUAUAAUUAAUUAUGUAAAUACUUUUUUUUAAUUUGAUAAAGGCAACGAAAUUGUAUCAAGUCUUCCGCUGCAAAUGUCGCUGUACUUUAACAUUGUGUACUUUCCGUUUUGGUUUUAUACAUUUCUAUCGCUGAUCGUAUUUAAAGUAAGUCUUUUAAAAAUAAAUUGUUAAUUUACCUAACGGUGGUGGUUUUGUCGAUAUUUUUUAACUUGACUAAUUUUCAACCUAUAGGUUUUAACCGUACAAAAAGUAUAAUAAUUUUCAAUUAAACAAAAGCGUAUAUUUUCCUUUUAGUUUCAUUUAGGUCGAUUGUUUUAUAAUGGAUUCAUAGAGAUAUUGUUUUAAUUAAGUAUAAAAUCAUUGCACGAAAAAUGGAAAAGUUAAAUUUCUUAAAAAAGUAAAAAAAAAAUAAUAUUUUUAAACCUUCAAUCAAUGUUAAGAAACAGUCUUAUUCUCUUUUAAUCAAUCAAAGUAAAGUAUAAAAACGGUUUAGGCAUUUUUAUUUUAUCGGAAGGGAACAAAAACGUAGAAUAGAAUCCUUAAUCCUUAUCGUCAUAGACUCAUAGUCACUUUUUUCGUUACUUAUUGUAUUCGUGAAUUAUAGUAAACGAUUUAAAUAUUUUUUAUUUAUUGUACCUAAUUAAGAGAUUAUUGAUUUAAUAAUAUAGAGACUGGCUGCAAAAUUUUUUUUUGAGACAAAAAUUUUAGAUUACGAUUAUUUGGUACAGUAACCCGCUACAACACCUCGCAUUGAGUUCCAUUAAUGCUGUAUAAUUUAUAUCGAUUCAUAUCGAUCGUCUGCUAUAAUCACUUUCUAGAUGCGGUAUAAUUUUCAAAACGUUGUGGCGUUUUUUGCGUAGUUAUUUAAAAUGUUUGUGUUUUUUUAAUUUCGCGAAUUAUAAAACUAUUUUCUCCAUAAAAAUACCGAACAAUUCGAGACAGUAAACCUCGGAUGAUAUUGUACAUUUCAAUUGAAGUUUAUCAGAUCUUGAUUAGACGAACUUCGCUCGGAAUCGUUUUCCGUUAUAAUUUAAUAUUUUAUCGUCGCGUACAGAUAUAAAAUAAACUAUACUUUUAUGUUUUUUUUUUUUUUUUCUAGUUUGACUGUCUGAAUAUGUUGACGCAAACCAUUGUUUCCGUGUCGUUAUUUUUGAUAUUCCUGCUGGAAUGCGUCAGACUGUACUUGGGUGUCCAAGGGAACAUGAGAGAAAAAGUAUGUGCAAUAUACCGGUAUCUAACACGUAGUAUAAUAUUGUAUUAUGUUUAAAAACGGCCGCAAGUUUGGAUACUUUGUUUUACAACGCGUAUGUAUACGGUGUAGAUUCCGGAUUUGGCCGCAUUUUGGAUGUUCUCGUUGAUACUCCAACUGCCUCUGCAACUGGUGUUCUUGUUGCUGAACAACGCGCCCGCCGAGAGGGCCGCGCACGGCGUAAUGUGCGCGCUACUGCUGUCGCAACUGGUUUUCGGGUUUAUCGUCGUCCGGGACAUGGCCAGACAUCACAAGAUCCGUUUUCACAUAUCGCAGUUUUACAACGGGCAGCAGCACACCAAGACCGAAUGA